CAGCGUGAUGUGAAGAUCUGUGCGUGUGACUUGCGCACAAGUGAGUGUUUGUGAGAGGAAAUAAUACAUCCACAUCCACACUGCAAAACGGAUGUUUUAUUUGUUGAUUCUGGAAACAAUCGGCGCUUUUUCAAAGGGUCAAAUACAGAUGUUUUGCUGAGCUGCUGUACUAAGGGACACAUAGUCUGAAGAAGUCCUAAAGCAACGAAGGCUCCGAUUACCAUCAUUGCGCCAAUUACAGUCCAGCGUUUUAACGAGACACUGAUAGCAGAUGAUAGGAUCAUAUUGCCUUUCAGGUGCUUUUACGCGCAGCCACUGCACGGUGUGGAGGAACAGAAAGUAUAACGGGGUAACAGAGAGAGGAUGGUGGCGGAGAUGGCGAACAGUGGAGCGGCUUGUCACCUGGAGGACGGAGACGGAGACAUCCCUGCGCUUGAAAACAAAGAUAACCUGACCGAGAGUGACAGUAGUAGCUCAGAGAACACAGGAACGUCUGCUGAAGAUAGCUCAGAGGAGGAGGAGGAGGAAGAUGAAGAGGAGGAUGAUUCUGAAGGCUGCGCCGAUAAAGACGGACGAGAGGAAGAAAAUGAAGAGGCCGAUGCAGAGGAGUCCAAAAACGGUUUAGCCACUGGGCCCGAAGCAGAAGUUUCAAAUGGGAAAGAUUUGCGACCCUUCAAAUUAUGCUGUGAAAAAUGCAAAGCCAUCCAGCAGAGCCAUGGUUAUGAGCUGGUUUCCCCUAGGAGGAUCUCUAAGGGACGAUUACAGGUGCAGCUGGAAGGAGAGGGCACAUACGAGUGUUCGGUCACUGGCCUGGUGUUCGAAGCAUCGGAGCGGGUCCUUGUGCGGUAUUCAGUCUUGUCCUGGUCCAAGUUUGGCUCAUUCCUGCGGGACUCCUGGAAAUUUGCUGGACCCAUUUUCAAUGUUGACACAAUCAACAAGGACGCGUCCGUCCUCAAGUCCAUCCAGUUCCCUCACUCCGUCUGCCUUGCUGAUCCAGAAAAUGAAAUGACAUUCAGUGUCCUGCACAUAAAGGACAACCGUCCACUCAUAGAGCCAACAGUGGAUCACUCAGGUAGCCAUGUUAAGUGGAACGUAACGUCCCUGUCACCCGUGGGUCCCAUCAUUCAAACGAGCCAAUCUAUAGAGCACCAUGGGGUGGUCCUGAUCUACAAGCAGCUGGGCAGUGACAACAACAACAACUACAGUUUCCAUGUCUACCUGGCCACCAACAGUGCAUCCGACGUCAAGGAUAUUGGCAAACAGGUGCGUUGCUACAAGAAUCGCUACAUUCGGAUAGAGAAGCCUCCCACAUGUAAACUGGAUGAAGGCACAUAUCGUCUCCUGAGCGAACCAGAGGGAGAGAUCAAACCUCAGGAUUUGAAAUUCACCCUUGCAGUGACGAAGAUGAAAGGCUACUUUGAAGCUUUCUUUGAACAGCCUCCCCCCUUUAAACUGUCUCUUGUAGAGAUUAACACUGAGGAGACUGUAUGGUCCGCCACAAUCAGAGAAGGUGAUUGUGUGGAUAACAUAGAAAAGAAGCCAAGGAAAAGGACGUACAGCAGACAGAGGAGCAGUAGCCCCUCAGAGGAAGAAACGACCUGUAAAAAGCCUCGAUGGCGGGAUGAGUCAGAUGGAGUGAAAACAGUGAUGACUCAGGGCCAGGAUAUGUCAGAGAAGCAGCUUCUGCAGGUGGCUAAGCGGCUCGGGAAAGAGUGGAAGCAGGUGGCCAUCUAUCUUGACUUGAACUCCAGGGAGCUGGAUGACAUCCAAGCAGCAGAGAAAGAUGUGACCAUGCAGAAGCUGAAGAUGCUGGUGGAGUGGAAGAGAAGGCGGCCGGGAGAGGCCACUGUGUACCACUUGCAGAAAAGUUUGGAGGACCUUGACGACUUGCCAAAUGAGGUCCAUCAGACACUGCAAGACAUGAUGGACAAUCGAGCUGCUAAGUGAAACGGAUUGUGCUUAAUUUGACUGUUGCUCCACCAUCAGGAAAGAGAAAUCUCAGGAAAAAAACAAAGCAAAGUUCAAGUGUGGACCAAACAACAGUUCUUCUCCAGGUUUCUUUUUUUAAUAUUUUUUGAACAUAAAACUGACUGACUGAUUUUUAUAUUGCCACAUUUCCUGAAAGAAAACUCUGUCCGAACUUUGGAUGGGCAUUUUCCCUAACUGUGUUCACAUGUGGUCCUUUGGCUCUGUAACGAAUACAGAGUUGCACCUUAAACUUCUUCCCUGCAGCCAGAAUUUGAUGCCUAGCAUUACCAGGUUAAAAAAAAUGACCAGUGGAGGUCAUUGAGAUAUAUAGUAGCUAAUUAUGUAGCCAGUAUGAACAUGUAGGUGCUGCAGUGUUGAAACUGCAAAAAAAAAAAAAAAAGAAAAAAGGAAAAAAAUCUAACCUGUGUUUCACAGGUUUGAAAUGUAUAGUUUGUGGGACUUUUUAUCAAACACUUAGGCAUUAGAUUACAUGCAGGUGACUGUCCAAAGCAUCAGAACUGAAGUACUGUUUUUUUGUCUCUUUUAUGUCUUCUGUACAUGUCUUUUUUACCAACUAUUUCAAACCUAUGAUCUAUUUUUUUAUGCAUGUUGUAUGUUGUUUUUUUGACAACUCAAAAGUGUUAAGUUCAUCAUGUUUGUUUUGUUUGACUUGAAUCCAUUCCGUCCCACCUGUGACUGUAGCGCACAUCAUGUUCAACAUAAAUAUUAUUUGUGUAUAUGACAGAAGUGUACAAUGUGGGAAAAAACAAUCACAAACAUAUGCAUAAAGUGCUAAAUUUAGCAAUUCUACCUGUGAGUGCAGCUGCAGCCUGGAUAUAUUUUUAUGAGUCAUCUUUUUGAGGUUUAUGUCAUAGCUUAUGAGUGUCAAGCUCAUUAACAAACUAUACUGUAAGCUGCAAGAGGAAACAUUUCAGUUACAUUUUCGCAGCAUACAGCAGUCACAGCCUUGUUUCUGUUCUUUUUUUUUUCUCAAAUGACUGUUUCUAGACAUCUCAACAGUAUUUGAGAAAAGCUACAGAAAUGGUAUGAAAUGGUAUACAGAUUGUCAAAUCUUUCAGGGUCUACCAUGACGAAAUUGUGUGAUAAUGUUUUCAGAGAAAAGGGUUGCUUUGCAUGAGCAACCUCUGUGGGCCUCCUGCCCUCCCUCUGUUUUUGAAUUUGGUUUUGGAUAUCACUUUCUUGGGAAAUGACAUGAAGGUGUCGAUGCCCCAGCAGCAUAAGCAGUAACUCACUCAUCUUUAGCCACGUUUAGAGACGAAUCCCAGCGUUGGUGCGGACUAAAUAAUUUUGAACCUUUAAAGGGUUAGAGGGUCCUCAGAGAGCUUCCACUCUAUUUUUUUUAAUACAAAAGUAAGUCUUUCAAUACAUUUAUUCAACCAGUUUUAAUUAUUUUAUAAUCCCAUUUACGUCAAAAUAAAAGAUUGCAAACAAUAGCAAACUUCUCAUUCUGUUUUUUUUUUUUUUUUUUUGAGGGCCCUCCAGGUAAUCUAUCCGUCUUUUCCCUUUCAAUCAGUGGCCAAGGGAAGCCAUGCUUCCUUUAUUUUUCUAGACUGUAGCUGUUAUUAAAUAAAAACACUCCUUUUAACAGUUAA